AUGAUUGUGGAGUUUGAAGGCGCUGAUGAUUCCACUGAUCCGCAAAAUUGGCCUAUGAGGACAAAGGCUGUUAUUACUGCGAUUUUAUCCAUAACUACAUUUAUCGCGACUUUCGCCAGUGGAAUAUACGCGCCCGCCAUUUCGACAAUAGCGGCAGACUAUAAAGUUGCUCCAGAGGUUGCCACACUCGGCGUCACACUUUUUGUCCUAGGGUUUUCGGCAGGACCAGUGUUAUGGGGACCACUCUCUGGAAUCAAGGCGCGUCGGCUGCCUCUCAUCGUUGCCGCCUUUGGGACUGCGAUUUUCCACUUUGCCGUAGCAGUUUCCAAAAAUCUUCAAAGCAUCAUGAUCAACCGUUUCUUCACAGGCUUUUUUGGAACUAGCCCUCUUGCCGUGGGCGGCGCUGUGUUUGUGGAUUUGUUCGACAACAGGACUCGCGGCAUUGCAGUUACAAUUUUCACGUUGUCUUUUUUUAUUGGCCCAAUGUUCUCACCAUUCAUUGGAGGCUUCAUUGUAACAAGCCAUCUUGGUUGGCGGUGGACUCAGUAUCUUUCGGGCAUCCUCGCUUCCGCAGCGGCUGUGGCAAACUUUCUCUUUGUACACGAGAUUUAUCCUCCAAUUAUUUUGACUCGAAAGGCAACCGAGCUACUUCGGAAAACAAAGAACUGGGCUUUCCACGCCAAGCAAGAGGAGACCGAGGUCAGCUUUCACGAAAUGGUUGAACGUAAUUUUAUCCGACCACUUCAUAUGCUUGUCGUUGAGCCCAUUGUCUUGCUAAUCAGGCGCAAACGUGAAGCAAACAAUAAUAUGCCUGUACCAGAGUGGCGACUGCCCGAAGCUAUGGUUGGAGCGGUUCUCUUCGCUGGUGGCAUGUUUUGGCUCGGUUGGUCUGGCUAUCGAAAAGAAGUUCACUGGAUUGUCCCAACACUCGGUGGUGUUGUGACGGGCCUUGGUAUCUCAAUGGUCUUUCUUCAGGCGUUUAAUUACCUUAUUGACGCCUAUCUGAUGCUUGCGGCGUCAGCUCUAGCAGCUAAUACCUUUCUACGAUCGUUAUCUGGUGCUAUAUUCCCUCUUUUCUCCUCUUAUAUGUUCAAGGGGAUGGGCAUACAAUGGGCAAUGACAUUAUUGGGGUGUGUCGCGGCUCUGUUGGCGCCUGUGCCCGUCAUUUUCUACAUCAAGGGCGCACAGAUUCGAAAAGUGAGCAAAUAUACGCCCAAGUUCCCUCCUCCGGCGGCCACUUCGAAGCCUGAAAAGGAAAAGGUUUAA